GAGAGAGAGAGAGAGAGAGAGAGAGAGAGAGAGAGAGAGAAAAUAUGAAACAACUCAUUUGCAAAGGAGUAAAUCACGGAAAAGGCGUUUGAGAAGCGGCAGGGCUCCUGGUUAGAGCGCGAACACAGGAGCUGUGAUGCGCAGGAGCCGUUCCUCCUGCUUCAGCUGCUUCUUCUCCUCUUUUUCUCCUUCUUCUCCGGGGACCUGAUGGAACCGCUGUGAUUACUGUGUUUUCUUCUUGUUGUUGUGCUUGUUUGAGGCUGCUUCUCCUCCAGGCUUCACUCACUGCGCGUCUGUUGUGGCUGGAAGGAAAACACCGACAGCAGUAGCAGAGCCGCUUCUCUUCACCUCCUCUUCUUCUUCUUCUUCUUCCUCCUCCUCCUCCUCUUCACUGUGAGUGUGUGUCGUUGUGGCCCCAGAAGAGAAGCAGCAGAAACAAACAAACAAAAGACAGAAAGAAAGAAAAGAAAAACGCACGAACACAUCUGAAAGUCACCAGUCUCGAGCUUUUUCCCUGACUCUGCCGAGCCGAACUGAAAACAAACAAUAACAAACCCAAAAGAUGAGUUCUUAUUUCGUGAACUCACUCUUCUCCAAAUAUAAAAGCGGGGAUUCGUUACGUCCGAACUACUACGAGUGCGGUUUUGCACAGGACCUGGCCGGCAGCCGGCCCACCGUGGUGUACGGCCCGGGCUCCGGCGCCACCUUCCAGCACGCGCCGCAGAUCCAGGACUUUUAUCACCACGGCGCCUCCUCGCUUCCCAGCAACCCUUACCAACAGAGCCCCUGCGCGGUCACAUGCCACGGAGAGCCGGGCAACUUUUACGGAUACGACGCCUUGCAGCGACAGACGCUCUUCGGGGCCCAGGACGCGGACCUGGUCCAGUACAGUGACUGUAAGCUGGGGGGCGCGACGGGACUUGGAGGCGAGGACACGGACGGGACCGAGCAGAGCCCCUCACCGACGCAGCUCUUCCCCUGGAUGAGGCCACAAG